ACGAAGGCUAACUAGAGAGUAAUUAAAUGUGACAUGUUUUAGUAAUUCGAGUGACCAAAAUUUAUAUUAAUUUUUUAUAGAUACUAAACAUAACACGAUUUGAUAAUUUCAGUGAACAAAUGUGGCAUUUUCGCGGUCACAAUGUGUCUAGUAAAGCCCUAUCCAAAUGUACGAGCCACACACCAAUGAUAACGAACCAAUUGGGCCUUCCAUUACUUAGCCAAGCUGGACUACGAGCCAUUGAGACAAGUGAUUAUUAGGGGUGGGCAAUGGGCGGGUUGGGUGGGUUUUCGUUUUAAAUUGACCCACCCGCUUACUAGCGAGUUGGAAUAAUUGUGACCCGCAAUCCACCCACAUUCUUUUGCGGGUUGGGUUGGGUGGAUCGCGGAUAAGUGCGGUUGGGUCAUGGGUUAACCCGCAAAAGCAAUUCUUCAACUAGUCAUUAAGAAAGUUGACUAACAUUUAUAAUACGUUCAUGGUAAAUUAGUAAGACAGUAUCAAUUUAAACACUUCUCACUUUGUCUCUAGUGAACCCAUGUAAUAUUUGCAUAAAUUUUUUUACUACUCUAUCAACCAAUUGUGUAGAGAAAAUUUACGCAUUUUGUGAUUUGAUAAAAUUAAUAAUUUAAAAUUUUCAUUCCAAUAUUUAAUGGAUAUUAACAAUAAUUUACAUUCCAAUAUCCAAUAUCUAAUGAAAAUGACACAACACAAUAACUAAUAAUAGUAGUCAAAACAACAUUUUUGACAUGUGAAAAUAGGAUGCAGGUCAUUCAGGUGACCCGCAAUCCACCCACCACCCACACACAUAAGUGCGGGUGGAAGAUUUAUCAAUCCGCAAUCCACCCACAUCAACCACCCACUGCUUGCGGGUCGGAUUAUUUGCGGGUGGAUCGAUAUAAAUCUGCGGAUUAACCACCCACGUGCCCACCCCUAGUGAUUAUAGUGGUACAAUUGGGCCCAUUUGCAUUUCAGUUUCAUGGAUGGUUGGUCGCAAGUCGAACCGGUGGCUUGGGUUGGGUUGUCCAAUUUUCCGUCAUCAGGCAGGCGCUUUCUGGCGGAUGCAAACAAGCACACGUCAUCUGCUUCCUCUUCCUUCUUUCUGCGUCCCACUGCCUGCCCUCGCGCUUUCAUUUCCAAUUUCCAGUAACUCCCCAAAAUCAUUCACAGCAUCGUCCGUCUCCGAUCAAUUUCUCAUGCACAUGGGAAAACCCCCACCGCUGUCCGACGAAUAGAAGCAGCCAAGCCCGAGCCAACAAAUGCCGCGGAGAAUGCGAUUCUUGAGGCCUCACUUCAGUUCAAGAAAGGCGGUGGUCAGCCGACUCUGGAAUUCGGGUUUUACUAGACACAUUGUAACUAGUUGCAGGGCAGUGUUACGGGACAACGUUGAUGUGCCGCCGCUGAAGCCCAAUGAGGUCCUCGUUCGUGUUCGGGCAGCUUCUAUUAAUCCACUGGAUACCAGAAUGCGAGCAGGUUAUGGUCAUUCGGUAUUUGAACCACUCCUACAUCUCGUCUUAGGUCGAGAUGUUAGUGGGGAAGUUGCAGCUGUUGGGACCUCGGUUCAUUCGUUGAGUGUUGGACAAGAAGUCUUUGGUGCUCUGCAUCCAACUGCUGUCAGGGGCACUUACACUGAUUAUGCGGUGCUUUCAGAGGAAGAACUUGCUGCAAAACCAGCUUCAAUUACUCAUGUGGAAGCAAGUGCCAUUCCUUUUGCUGCACUGACUGCUUGGCGUGCUCUAAUGAGUACAGCUAGAAUAGCUGAGGGUGGAUUCUCAAACGCCUUUUGCGUGUUUUUCCUAGCAAAGUCCUGCUCCUGGAUUGGAUGGCAACCCCUUAAACUGUCCCUUUUUUUAUUGUUUUCUAGAAUUUCCAGCUGAGAACCCUCUAAUUUCUGCAUAAUUUUUGCCGAAUAACCCAAGACACAUCAAGGUUGAGGUUAGCCAAGCUUUGGUCCGAAGGAAAGACUGCAGGCAGGCACUUGCUUGAACUGUUAGGACUUCCUUUAUUUGAGUAAUGGUGUAAGUUUAGGAUAUUGUGUUUGACUUAUUUUACGGUCUGCUUGAAAUAUUUAGAAGAUCUUAUCAUGGUAAGCUGACCAGAAAAUGUUGCUUCUUAUAAACUUUUCAAGCCCAA